AUGUCCGGGCCGGACGGCCACUGCUACGAUCCCCUUCGACUACAAGAACUACCAUAUUUAAACGUUCCCCAGCACCAAGCCCUCUGGCUUCAGAUACUGGAGGCGGUGGACGAGCCGCAAGGCAGUGAGCUACAAGAACUAGCAGCCCGACCACCUGGACCGGAACCCAUCGCGGUAGAAAUCGCAGCAAGGGUCAGGCAAAGGGCCAUCAAUGUACUGUCGCAGAUGGAUACUAGGGAAACCCUGGCGACAGUCCUGGGACUUAACUCCGCGAUGCAGUUCAUCCAGCAGGCACUCCAGGAACUCAUCUAUGACAGGGUGGACUACCUCGACAACGCUGCGGAGAGCAACAACCAAGCUGGAGCUCGGGAGGAGAGCGCUGAAGAAGAGGAAGAGGUGCAGCUAGAGGAAGCAGAGGAGACGGCCAUGGUACAAAGCGGCCCAGGGAGAAUGACGAGGCCCAACCCCACCUGGGAGCCACUCGGCCAGGAGGACAGAGCAAACCUUGAGCGGCUCCUGCGAGAAAUCCUCCCACAACAGGCCGAUCCUGAGCCAACGUUGUUUGCACUGGCGCAGCUAGGUGCGAGCCCGCCCGUCCUCUGCCAACUUGGGGGAGAAGACGAGGAGGAAGGAGAGCCGAGCCCUCGGAGUGUUGAGGCCUGGUUUGGUGCGCCUGCUGUGGACGACGCCGGCGGUGCUACUGCCACGACUGAUAGCGUGGGAGAGGGUCUCAGACUGCGCUGCGCCAACAGCAGAGCCAUGGUGCACGGCAGAAGAGCCCCAGACCCAGCACAGCAGUCGUGGCCGGCAAUGGGGCCGGAAACCCGGGGGGCAGCCCUGGACGCCAUCCUGGAGGCGGUGCCGGCAACGAUCCCUAGAAGGGUCGCCCCUCAGACGGCAGCGUUGUACAAUCAAGUCCAAGCACCCCGGCCGCCGACAGAGCUGCUAGGGCUCCGCAUUGCGAUGCGACAGAGGGCAACGGAGCAAGGCACGGAGACAACCAAGGAGACUGUGCAGGAGGCCCAGAGCGAAAGCAAUGGGACAAGCAGCGAGGGCAAGCAGCAAGCAGAAGGAGAACAGACCGAGGCGGCGGCCGAACCGCCGGUGCUUACCAGGGCAUGCAGGCAGAUGCAGGCGGAGACGGCCACAGUGGAGCCGGUUGACCUGGAGGAGGAGGAGCCAGCAGGCAGGAAGCACAACCAAGCAACACAGACAGGGGCAAGGAGACGAAUAGCGGCAGAGGAGCCGCAAAAUGAAACGAUAGCCCGACAGGAUGAUUGGCGGCAAUGGCUCCCACAGGAAGAAGGACAAGUGCAGGAGGGCGAGGGAGAAGCCGAGGGUGAGGAGAACAUCGGCCUGCAUGAGGCAACCACGCAGCCAUAUACCGGGUGCAACAGGCCGGAGCCAGGAGUGUGGGGCCCCAACCAGGUGCAAGGAGCAGAUGGCAGGCCCAGGGCCCCGACGAGCCAGGAGAAGGCAUGGAUGGAAGAGUAUGAGCGGGAGAAAGAGGAACAGCAGCGAAUGGAUGAGCUGCUGGCCGACUUCGAGGAAGAGGAGCUGCUCGAGAUAGCCCGCCAGGAAUAUGAAGAAGAAGAACUCCGCAAGGAGGUGGCAGCGGCCAACACAGAGUUCGAUAGUGAGGAGCCAGAAGAUGGAGGCUCAGGCUUGGCCUCUACUUCGGCCUCAGUUGCAGCAGACGGCGCUGCAAAAAGCCCACCAGCUGGAGUCGGUCUGGCCUCGAGGCCGCGCAAGCCGUUGGAGCGCCCACCACCUGCAAUCAUCCUGCAAGGCAUUCUCGGCUCUGAUGGAGGCAAUGCAGGCAAUGGAGGCAGGACAAAGCUGGAAGGGGAGAUAAAAAGCUUCUAUGCUGAAAGAGGCUUUGGCUUCAUUUCAUGCCCAAAGGUGUUCGACAUGUUGAGGUGCGACGUUUACUUCACCCUGAAUGAGGUGUUCGACGUGGAGGCUUCGAAGGUGGAAGAAAGAGUGCGCAAGGGGGCGAAGUGCAGCUUUUUCUUCACUCUGAACAGGGAUAGCCGCCCGCAGGCUCGCGUUGUUCGUCUGCAGCAGGGUGCCGAAGAUGACGACAGGCCAGCACCACAUGUGCCGCGAAAUGCCAAGUUCGACCAAUCUGAUGCAGAAGACCAGCAGUACACUGGCCGCAUCAAAUCUUUCAAUGCCUCCCAGGGCUACGGCUUCAUUAGCUGUGCUGACACGUAUGCACGAUUCAAUCGUGACGUCUUCCUGCACCAUUCGCAGCUGAAUGGCUUGAAGGUUGGUGAUGAAGUUUACUUCCGCAUUUUUGUGGACAAGACGAAGGCAGAUGCGCAGGCCAAAGCUCUUGACGUCAAGGCAGCAAAGCUGCCGGACACCUCCCCUGCGUCUCCGACAACUCCAAGUGAGGCCCCCCUUGACCAGCAGAAGUCGCCAGCGGCUGCCAACACAGACAAGGCUGAGGAGGAUGCGCCAGCAAUGUUGAAUGGCAGCACAACCAAGAAGGACGCCGCGCCAGAUCCUGGCCACAAAUUAUGGCGUGAUGCAGACAUCCAGCAGGGCGAUGUGGCGAAGCCAGCUGAGCCGGUACCCGAGGUUGAGACGACAGCCCGCCCUUCGGAAGCCGGCUGGACACGCUAUGUCACUGAGGAAGCUGAAUAUUGGUGGCAUUGCACUUCCACAGAUGAGUGGUUCAUGGAGAAAGAACCAGGUCAAUGGUCGGAAUUCAUGGACACAGCAACCAACAAGAAGUACUGGUUUCAUCCAGAUGGGAGGUGUUUUUGGGCUGAAGUCUAG